AUGGGUGUAGAUUAUUACAAGAUUCUCCAAGUAGACCGGAACGCCAAAGACGAAGAUUUGAAGAAAGCAUAUCGCAAACUCGCCAUGAAGUGGCAUCCAGAUAAGAACCCUACCAACAAGAAAGAAGCUGAAGCCAAAUUUAAACAAAUCUCUGAAGCUUAUGAUGUUUUGAGUGAUCCACAAAAAAGAGCGGUGUAUGAUCAGUACGGAGAGGAAGGUUUGAAGGGCCAGGUACCGCCACCUGGUGCGGGCGGGUUUUCGGGUGGGCCAUCGACGACGUUUCGGUUCAAUACUAGGAAUCCCGAAGAUAUAUUUUCCGAGUUUUUCGGGUUUUCAAGUCCGUUUGGAGGGAUGGGUGACAUGGGGGGUUCACGCGCCAGCGCUUCAGGAUUUCCGAGAGGUAUGUUCGGCGAUGAUAUUUUUGCCUCAUUUAGAGGAGCAGCCGGCGAAGGCUCUACGAAUGCGCCAAGAAAAGCCGCGGCUAUAGAGCGAACAUUGCCUUGUAGUUUGGAGGAAUUGUAUAAGGGAACAACCAAGAAGAUGAAGAUUUCUAGGGAUGUUAUUGAUGCCUCUGGGAGACCCAGUACCGUUGAGGAAAUUCUGACAAUUGAAGUGAAGCCAGGGUGGAAGAAAGGGACAAAAAUUACUUUUCCGGAGAAGGGAAAUGAACAGCGAAAUGUUAUACCCUCCGAUCUUGUCUUCAUCAUUGAUGAGAAGCCUCACAGUGUGUUCAAGAGGGAUGGCAAUGAUCUUAUAGUCACCCAAAAGAUAUCUCUUGUGGAAGCUCUGACUGGUUACACAGCACAAUUGACAACACUUGAUGGGCGGAAUCUGACGGUUCCCAUCAAUUCUGUCAUCAGUCCCACCCAUGAAGAAGUUGUUAAAGGGGAGGGAAUGCCUAUCCCCAAGGAACCUUCCAAAAGGGGGAACUUAAGAAUCAAGUUCAACAUCAAGUUUCCAUCCAAGCUUACCUCGGAGCAGAAAACUGGACUUAAACGAUUAAUAUCAUCGUAAUAAAAGAUCAUCAAAACUCAUGUAAGCUUGCUUUUGGUUUUCUUUGCUGGUUUUUUGGUUCUGGAAAGGGAAAUUCAUAUGUUGUUGAAUUCCGGAUUCCAUACAUUAGAGUUAUAAAUUUAAAUUGUUAUUUGCA